CAGCGAGCGCAGUUCCUGGUUUUUUGCACUCUUUAGGUUUCAGUCGAUCGUACGUUUUUACUCUGGCCAGCCGGCUGCCAUCAGGAGUGUGCUGCCCUGUGUUGGGAGAACAGUACUCGUGCCAACGGUUCACCCUAGAGAAACCAGUGGCGUGUGUCUGUCAACAGUUUCCUGUGUGUCUGUGGCUCUGGUAGCACUGAACAGGAAGAGAGACACAGAGAGACGUCUGAACUAAGAGAGGAAACUGCUGUGGCUUCUUCGUCAGCCUCAGAAUGACUGAGUUCUGGGUUUGUUUCAGCUGCUGCAUUGCAGAGCAGCCACAACCUAAACGGCGGCGACGGAUCGAUCGUUCCAUGAUCGGAGAGCCAACAAACUUUGUUCACACCACACAUGUAGGCUCAGGGGACAUGGGCCUAGGAUUGGCAUCAGUGGACCUUGUUCAGGCCCAGAUGAAAUCUAAAGGGGGCUAUGCGCAUGGAGGAUCUGAAGGUUCUCAGUUGUAACAAGCCCUUCACAGUCUUGUGGAAACUACUGUUGUUGAUAUGAGGAAGCGUUUUCAAAAAGCAGUUCUGUCUGUAAUGGACGCAGGACCAAAAGAUGAAACUACUGCUUUUCCAUAAUGUUGUAUAUAUUUUUAUUUUCCAUUCCUUUUGUUUUUUUAAUGAAAGCACUGCUAUCCAUUUGCUGCCAUACUGUUGCACUGUAAAGAGUAACUGUUAAGAAUAGAUAAGAGGGUUUAGAAAGCUCAUAAAUCUCAGUCAGAUGUAUGCUUGUGUGUAUGCAUGAGGAAAAUAUUUUCAAAAAUAUUUGCUGUUGUAGCCCAUUUGGAUGCCUGUAUUUAUUAUCUGAUUUGUAAACGGACCUCAUGGUGGCUGGGCCACGCUGGAGAUUUGAAACAUUCAGUUUCCUUCUUUAUUCUCAGAGGUUUAUCAAAGGACAGGUAGCAGAUAGCAAGGCAAAAAGCGAUAUAUGUUCAUUGUUUUGUUCUGAAAAAUACUCAUGAUUCUCUGAGUUGCUUUCAGGGUUGAAGAUUGCUGUUUUGUAAUAAACUUGAAAUGAGUAGAGUACACUGGACCAUACAUUGUACACUCACACUUGCUUAGGAAUUUUGCAUUGAUUUCAACUUUUUUUUUAUAUUCAUUUAGAUUGAAUCAUAUAGAAUUUUAAUAAACUAUGAACUUCUUAAUCUGCCUUCUGAAUUCAUGUUCAUUAUUUGUUUUACUAGUGUAAUUUGUAGCUUAGUGCUUUCAAAAAGAUUCAUAUUUUUAUAUACGUUUUUUUUCUUUUCAAGGCUUAUAGAUUAAGAAUUAAAGUUGGAAGUAACCAAAUCACCACUGCAAACACUGCCACAAAUGUGGGUAAGGUUUGAUACCUUUAGCUUACCUACUAUAUGUCCAUCAUAUCCCUAUUGGAUAAUUGUGACCGCUGUUCCUUUUUGCUAGGACAGUUUGUGUUACAUACUAUAUCCUUUCAUGGCUUCUUGGAUGAUUUCUCUUGACAUAAAAUAAUAAGUUCUUGUUUGGCAGACUUUUUUUUUUUUUUUUUUUUAUCCCUCUGGGGGUCUUAGGAGCUGCAAGUUUCUUUGAAAGCUCAAAUAUUAGUUCUCUUAAAAUUGACAGGCUUCUAAAUGGCAUUCAACCUAACCUGACCCACCUUUGCAGUGGUGUUUGCGAUCACAUUGCUUCAGUGUUAAAAGGUGUUCUCAUGCGAUGUAAACAUUAUUUUGUCAAAACCAUUUAACAUGAAACAUAUAUGGACAAUUCAGUUAAGUUAUUCACAUUCUGUUUGUGCAAAUGUUUACCCACCUUUUUCAAGCUGAUAUCAUUUUUUAUACAAGUUUCUUCUGUUAGGGAUAAAUAAGUGCAGCUCUUAAUGCCUGCUUAUGUUGAUUGUCAGUUAUACUAGUGGUCAGCUUAGAGUUAGUGUUCUCUUUUCAUUGACUGCCUGGUACAUCUGUUGUCCCCUUGUACUGUCAUAUGUAGGCAAAAUUUCCGAACCAGGCUCCAUUGAAAAUAUAAUUAAUCAGAAAGGCCAGGGGGUGUGGAGCAAACCAGCACACCUGGAUCUAUUAAUACAAGUGAUUGUUUGUCCUCCAUGUACAUCCCAUGAUUCAAUAACAGAAUGUGAUGUGGUAUUAUUAAGUCGAACAAAAGUCUGUGUAGAUUGAUGUUAAAUGAGUGCUAUUGUAAACUAUUCAUGAUACAAGAAUGAAAUCUUUGGUGUUGGUACCAGGCAACAUAAAAUACCAGAUUAUCAUUUACAGCCUUAAACCCACUGGUAAACACUUUCCCAACAUUCACUGACAGAUUUAAUAAUGGUGAUUCAUCAGGUCAAAACCUUGUCACAGAGAUCUAAUGUUUCUGUUUUAAUGUUUCUGUAGUAAUUCCUGUGUAGAAAAAUCCACGUAUGUGUAGACUAGUUUGUGUUUUUUCCAGCUCUGGGUUAAAUGCUGUAGUACUGUAUGUGCAGGUGCAGACAUAAUGGGAUUGCAGUAUAUUCUGUGACCAGCAGGCUGUGUUGGUGGACUGGUUGAAUGUGACUUAAAAGAUUUGUUUCCUUUUUGGAAUUCCUGUCACAGGAGUUAUUUUGUUUUGUUUUUUUAAAAUGAUAAUACUGUAAAUACGUAACAUAAAAGUAAUGGAUCCAUGCUUUAUUUGUAUUCAGGGUCACAUAUUUUGGGUUACUUUCCUGUAUAACAUUGCUGGGAAGGUAAGGUUGGAGCAGUGUUUAAUUUUUUUUUUCUCCUGAGGAUCUGCCUGAUAUGUAGUUCCCACUUUCAGGGAAGUUCAUCUGUCUGCAUUUUUCAGAAUAAACAAAGACAAAUAAAUGUUAUCUGUUGAUGUUUGA